AUGGAUUCUGAAGCCAGCAGAACAAUAGAGAUGGCAGCACUCGGCCGGCCGUUCGGCCUCGGGAUGCUGUAUGACUGCCGCAGAGACUCACUCAUCCCUGGCAUGACACUAUGGGACCACAAUGAUCUGGAAAAAAGUAUUAGAGAAAGACCAAAACAUAACAGUGAGUUUGAGAUAGUUGCAUUUGAUUCAAUUGAGAAAAAAUCUUCAGUGCUAAAGGUUGAAGCAUCUCUAAAAACAAGUUUCUUGGUUGGACUGGUAGAGGUUGAAGGAUCGGCUAAUUACCUGAAUGAUCAUAAAACAUCCAAAAAUCAGGCCAGACUAACACUGAAUUACAAAACAACCACAAAGUUCCAAGAAUUGUCAAUGAGCCAUCUUGGAAGAGGUAAUGUGAAACAUCCAGAUGUCUUUGAUAAAGGAAUAGCAACACAUGUAGUCACAGGAAUCCUUCAUGGAGCACAAGCCUUCUUUGUCUUUGACCGUGAGGUUUCUGAUAAAGAAAGUCAUCAAGACAUUCAGGGCAACAUGAACGUGAUGAUCCAAAAAAUCCCUCUCAUCACAAUAGAGGGGGAAGGUUCCUUGAAAAUGGAAGAUGAGGACAUUGAAAAGGUUGAGAAAUUCUCCUGUAAAUUCCAUGGAGACUUUUUACUCAAAAAACCACCGACAACCUUUCAGGAUGCUGUACAAGUCUACCAAAGCCUGCCACAACUGCUGGGAACCAAUGGAGAAAAUGCUGUACCAAUGAAGGUCUGGCUGCUGCCACUUGUGAUUUUAGAUUCUAAAGCUGCUAAACUCGUCCGUCAGAUAAGUAUAAGAUUAGUGCAGGAAUCCCAGAGUGUCCUGGAGGACUUCACUGAGCUGGAAAUGAGAUGCAAUGAUGCAAUAAGAACCACCACUGCACAGCAGUUCCCACAGAUUGGUAAAAAACUUAAAACUUUUAGAGAAUUUUUCUCUGAGUUCAAACUAGACUUCCAACGAACCUUGGCAAAGAAACUUCCAUCAAUCAGGGGAGGAGGGGAAGAGGAGGCUGUGCUGGCAGAGAUCCUGAAGAAGAGACAAUCUUCUCCUUUUAACAACACAAGCCUGAACGAGUGGAUGGACUGUAAAGAGAAGGAAAUCUGCACCUUAAAAUCUUACACCAAAACGAUGAAAAACACCCAGAUCGUCCAGUCUAAAAAUGAUCUUAAUGAGGAAACCCUGAAUGCAGAACAUGCUGUGUGUUUUGUUUUCACCUCACUGGGAAGUGCUGAACCGUACCUCUCAGCUUUAUCAAACUACUUAAAACAAAAAUUAAAACCAGACGACCCUCAAGAUCCACGUUGUCAUGACAUAGAGAAGGAACAAUGGUACACCUCAAAAGAAGUAUCAGAAGCAAUGAGGAACAAAGCAAAGCUGUUCAGUGAUUUUGCAGAGGCCAACAAAGAGAAUACGAACAUAAAGUUCCUGACAGUGGGUUUAACAAUUGAGACACAGAAAGGUUCAAGCAUCUGUCUUCAUAAAGACGGCUUAACUGUCAGUGAGAACUUUGAGCCGCCUUCAAAGCCUGAAACAGUGACAGCAGAUUUGGAGCAGAGAACAUCACCUCCUACUGUGUAG